AUGGCGGACAUCAGCGACAAUGAGCUCCGCGAGAUCUAUGACUUUGCCGUGCAGCUCGGCAAAGAGGCGGGAGCUUUGCUCAUGACGGCGGCGAGGUCGAGGUUCAAUGGCGGUGAUUCUCAAGUGUUUACCGAGAAGGAUAACUCGGUGGACUUGGUGACCAAGACAGACACGGAGGUCGAAGCCUUCAUCCAUACCUCGGUCGCGAAGAAGUACCCCAACCACAAAUUUAUCGGCGAGGAAACAUACUCGGCCGGCGCAUCCCGCGAUUAUCUCGUCGACGACAGCCCGACAUGGAUCAUCGACCCCCUCGACGGCACCGUCAACUUCACCCAUCUCUUCCCCAUGUUCUGUGUCUCCAUCGGGUUCGCCGUAAAAGGCAAGCCCGUCAUCGGCGUCAUCAAUGCGCCCUUCCUGAACCAGACCUUCUCCUCCCUCAAGGGCCACGGCGCAUGGAUGAACGAGACCCAGAGGCUGCCCUUGGUCCUCAGCCCGCUGCCAGCCAACGCGCCCAGCGGCUGCGUCUUUUCUUGCGAAUGGGGCAAGGACCGGCGGGACACGCCGGAUGGAAACAUGCACCGAAAGGUCGAGAGCUUCAUGAACAUGGCGGCUGAGCGCGGCGGAAGAGGUGGCAAGGGCGGUAUGGUGCACGGCGUGCGGAGCUUAGGAAGUGCAACGCUGGAUCUGGCCUACACAGCAAUGGGAUCAUUCGAUAUUUGGUGGGAGGGUGGCUGCUGGGAGUGGGACGUCGCGGCAGGAAUCGCAAUCCUGGAAGAAGCCGGCGGUCUGGUGACCAUCGCCAACCCUCCAGAAGAUACCUCUGUUGUUCCUGAAGCAAAGCUAGGCGGUAGACUCUACCUGGCCAUCCGCCCUGCAGGACCUUCCGAGACGGAAACAGCCCGAGAAGCUCAAGAAAGAGUGGUGCGAGAAACAUGGAAGCGUGUAAGACAGUUGGAGUAUUCGAGACCGGGGGCGUAA